AUGGCGGACCAGCCCGCAGAGCCGGCCCCGGCCCCGGGGCCCCCCGCCCCCGCCGGCGGCUCGCAGCGCCUGCUCUUCUCUCACGACCUGGUGUCGGGCCGCUACCGGGGCUCGGUGCGCUUCGGCCUGGUGCGCCUCAUCCACGGCGAGGACUCCGACUCGGAGGAGGACGAGGGCGGCCGCGGCGCCGGGGCCGGCAGCUCGGGGGGCUCGGAGUGCGGGGGCCCCGGGGCCGGCGGGGCCGAGGAGAGCCGGGCCAGCCCCCUGCGCCGCGGCUACGUGCGGGUCCAGUGGUACCCGGAGGGCAUCAAGCAGCACGUCAAGGAGACCAAGCUGAAGCUUGAGGAUCGCUCAGUCGUCCCUCGGGAUGUGGUCAGACACAUGAGCUCAAAUGACAGCCAGUGCGGGACUGUAAUCGAUGUAAACAUAGAGUGUGCUGUGAAGCUGGUCGGAACCAACUGUAUCCUCUAUCCUGUCAACAGCAAAGACCUACAGCAUAUCUGGCCAUUUAUGUACGGCGACUACAUAGCCUUUGACUGUUGGCUAGGGAAAGUCUAUGACUUAAAGAACCAAGUCAUCCUGAAGCUCUCCAAUGGAGCCAGGUGUUCUAUGAGCACAGAAGAUGGAGCAAAGCUCUAUGAUGUCUGCCCUCAUGUCAGUGACUCAGGCCUUUUCUUUGAUGACUCAUAUGGCUUUUAUCCUGGGCAAGUCCUCAUUGGUCCCUCAAAAGUCUUCUCCAGUGUGCAGUGGCUUUCAGGUGUGAAGCCCGUCCUGAGCACAAAGAGCAAGUUCAGAGUGGUGGUGGAAGAGGUCCAAGUGGUGGAACUAAAGGUUACUUGGAUCACUAAAAGUUUCUGUCCUGGAGGUACUGACAGUGUAAGUCCCCCACCUUCGGUAAUCACGCAGGAGAACUUGUCCAGAGUAAAGCGUCUGGGGUGCUUCGACCAUGCACAGAGGCAGCUCGGGGAAAGAUGCCUCUACGUAUUUCCUGCCAAAGUGGAACCUGCAAAAAUCACUUGUGAAUGCCCAGAGAGAAACUGUGUUCUGGGGGAAGGAUCAGUCGCCAAGAAGGUGAGGAGAUUGCUGAAAAAACAGAUUGUGAAGAUCAUGUCAUGCACCCCAGAUUCUCAGGGUACCAAUGAACCGCCCGAUGGAGAGUCUACUGCAGCGGCUGACCAAAAAUCGGAAGAACUUAAAACCAGAUCCAAAUGUGAACUAGGGGACUCUGCCAAUGGCACACUAAACCUGGGGGAGAUCAAGGAGGAGCAGCCUGAAGAAAUGGGAAAGGAGACUUCUUGCACAGCAGCGGGGCGACAGCAGCAGCCACCUUUCCUGUUGAAAGAUGAUGGGUCACCUGACUACAGGCUCCAGUCAAUGGAACAAGAUGCUGAUGAUGAGGCAGCCGACGACACGGAUGACACCAGCUCUGUGACCUCUUCGGCCAGCUCCACUGCCUCUUCCCAGAGUGGCAGCGGCAUAGGGCGCAAGAAGAGCAUUCCCCUCUCUAUCAAAAACUUGAAGCGGAAGCAUAAGAAGAAGAAGACGAAGAUCUCCAGGGAGUUUAAACCAGGAGACAGAGUUGCUGUAGAAGUGGUGACCACGAUGACUUCGGCUGAUGUGAUGUGGCAGGAUGGCACUGUGGAGACCAAUAUUCGUUCCAACGAGUUGUUUCCAGUCCAUCAUCUGGACAACAAUGAGUUUUGCCCUGGGGACUUCGUGGUGGACAAAAGAGCUCAAACCUCCCAGGACCCUGCUGUGUACGGAGUGGUGCAGUCAGGCGACCACAUCGGCCGCACCUGUAUGGUGAAGUGGUUCAAGCUGAAGGCCAGCGGAGACGAUGUCGAGCUGAUGGGGGAGGAAGAGGAUGUGAGUGUGUAUGAUAUUGCCGAUCACCCCGACUUCCGCUUCCGAACCACCGACAUUGUGAUUCGCAUUGGCAAUGCCGAGGAGGGAGCCUUGGCCAAGGAAGAUGAGCCCUCGGUAGGACAGGUGGCUCGCGUUGAUGUCAGCAGCAAAGUAGAAGUAGUCUGGGCUGAUAAUUCCAAGACCAUUAUUCUGCCUCAGCACUUGUACAACAUAGAAUCGGAGAUCGAAGAAUCUGACUAUGAUUCUGUAGAUGGCAGCACCAGCGGGGCAUCCUCCGAUGAAUGGGAGGAUGAGAGCGAUAGCUGGGAGACGGACAACGGCCUUAUGGAAGACGACCACCCAAAAACUGAAGAGCCGGAGCCUGAGGAGCCUGUAGCGGAAGAGGUGAAAAAAGUAGAGGAACAAGUGCAGGGUGCCGUGGCUAUGGCGGUUGCUGAUCUAACUGCAGAGAAAGCUGGGAAAGAGGGAGCACCAAAAAGUUUCCGAGAGCUGAAGGAGGCCAUCAAGAUCUUAGAGAGCCUGAAGAACAUGACUGUGGAGCAGCUGCUGACGGGCUCUCCCACUUCGCCGACAGUAGAGCCCGAAAAGCCCACCCGGGAGAAGAAGUUCUUGGACGACAUCAAAAAGCUGCAGGAGAAUCUGAAGAAGACCCUGGAUAAUGUGGCCAUUGUGGAGGAGGAGAAGAUGGAAGCUAUGGUGGAGACGGAGAAGAAAGAAGAAAAAGCUGAGGCGCAGACGCCGGUGAGGUCGGAGUGGCCUAGUGAGACCCCAGUGCUCUGCCAGCAGAGCGGAGGCAAGCCUGGAGUCACCUUCACAAGUGCCAAGGGGGAGGUCUUCUCUGUGCUGGAAUAUGCCCCAGAUACCCACGCCUUUAAGAAAAUGGAGUUCCAACCACCAGAAGCCAAGAAGUUCUUCAGCACAGUGAGGAAAGAAAUGGCAUUGCUGGCGACCUCUCUGCCUGAUGGCAUCAUGGUCAAGACGUUUGAAGACAGAAUGGAUCUCUUCUCAGCACUUAUUAAAGGACCCACACGCACUCCUUACGAAGACGGCCUCUUCUUGUUCGAUAUCCAGUUACCCAACAUCUACCCGGCUGUCCCCCCUCUCUUCCGCUACCUCUCCCAGUGCAGCGGGAGACUGAACCCCAACCUGUACGACAACGGCAAGGUUUGCGUCAGCCUUCUGGGGACCUGGAUAGGAAAGGGCACAGAACGGUGGACCAGCAAAUCCAGCCUUCUCCAGGUGCUCAUCUCUAUCCAAGGACUGAUCCUAGUGAAUGAGCCCUAUUACAACGAGGCAGGGUUCGACAGCGACCGGGGCCUUCAGGAAGGCUACGAGAACAGCCGCUGCUACAACGAGAUGGCCUUGAUCCGCGUGGUCCAGUCCAUGAUGCAGAUGCUGCGCAAGCCGGUGGAGGUCUUCGAGCACGAGAUCCGCGAGCACUUCCGCUGCAAUGGCUGGCGCCUGGUCUACCGGAUAGAGUCCUGGCUAGAGACUAACGAGCUGGUGGAAAGGAGCCAUGAGCAGCCCAAUGGGGCUGAUUCCUCCUCUCUCCUUUCUGUUUGUGGCACCCUGGCCGAGAGCCCGGUUGACAGUAUGGGAUUUCAGGGCGAGUACAGCAGCCCCUUGGAGCAGGAGCUGGGGGCAGCGGCGGCGGCCGAAUUUUCCGACUUGGCGCUAGAAGGGAAGGAGGAGCUGGAAGACUCUGGAUGUGGAGCCUCGACGCUCGCGCCCAGCGACGGCCAUCAGUAUUCAGACUCCGAGAGCACGGGCCACGCCAGAGGGCUCACCCUGGCGAGAGACCUAACGGACGAGUGUAAAGCCGCCCAGGACGCUGCCUCGCAGCCUAGUGUGAAACCAAAGAAAAGGAGAAAGAGCUACAGGAGUUUCCUCCCCGAGAAGAGUGGUUACCCUGACAUCGGCUUUCCCCUCUUCCCCCUGUCCAAGGGGUUCAUUAAAAGCAUCCGUGGUGUCUUGCAGCAGUACCGGGCUGCCUUAGUAGAGGCCAAUAUCCCUGAGUGGAGAGAGGACAAGUGAAACGUCGGGUUAGGGGCAGACAGAUGCAGAAGAGAAGGGGAAAGCAGCAAGGAAAGCAGCAAACGCUGUUCCCAAUAAACUGGCGUUGCUCGUUCCCGGCUCUCUUCCCCAGUUGGGUGUGUUUAUAAAGAAGGCAGUAGCCCAAAUAGCUCAUUUCUGGCUCUUUACUUCU